GAAAACGUAGAUUCUCAGAAAACCGCAUUUCUACUGCGCAAGCAGUGGACCUUAUACAGCGUGACCCCUCUGUACAGAUUCUCUGACGCUCACCUGAGGGAUUAUGCCAGACUGCUGAGUGCUUUCAUUGCUGCUGAGAAGCAGAAAGGAUUGGCGGUGGAAAUAGGGGUCGAGCUGGGCAUCAAAGUGGCCAUCUCCAGCCUUCCAGACCUGAGAGGUAGUGACCGAGACCAGGCUGCGAUUCUUGUGCAGCUUUCUUCAAGAUCACCAGCUUCCCCAAAAAACUCAGAAGAGAAAGUGAUAUGGUCGGGCUGGUUCUGCUCUGUGUCUGGAGAUGAUUUUUCCGAGAACGUGCCAGAGGACUUCACUUGUUUACCUCUGUUUCUUGCUAACGGGGCAGAGAGUUAUACGUCCAUUGUUGGAAGUUGGUUUCAGAAGACUUUUGACUGCUGCUUCCGCCGUUUAGCCAUCAGCCCUCUCAAUCUCAGUUGGAUGGCAGCUAUGUGGACCGGAUGCAAAGUAGACAAAAAUGUAUCUGCCAUGGAACUUGUUUUCUCUGUCCCCCAUCUGCCCCAGCCUCUGGAUAUUUCAUAUGCCAUUCAUCCAGAGGAUGCAAAAGCUCUGUGGGACACAGUCCAAAAAACUCCAGGAGAGAUCACUCAAGAAGAGGUCGACGUCUUUAUGGACUGCCUUUACUCUCACUUCCACAGACACUUUAAGAUCCGCUUGUCAGCUACAAAACUGGUGAAAGUUUCUACAGCAAUUGCCUCAGCACACUGUGAUGGGAUUAUAAAGUUUCUACAAAGCCAAUACCUAACUGGAGUGCUGAUGCUUCUGACGGAACUAGCAAUCUCUCAGAUACAAUGA